AUGCCGCAUGCAAAGUUCUCAAGAGUAAAAAUCACUGAACCAGUACUAACUGCCUCUGAAUACAGCCUCAGAACGAGUUCGUAUAUUGAGCGCUGGCAAAAGCAGCACGGUAAGCGGCUCGACCACGACGAGCGCGUCCGCAAGCGCCAGGCCCGUGAAUCGCACAAACAGUCUCAGGAUGCCCAGAACCUGCGCGGCCUGCGGGCCAAGCUGUACCAGCAGAAGCGUCAUGCCGAGAAGAUCCAGAUGCGCAAGCGCAUCAAGGCACAGGAGGAAAAGAACGUCAAGUCCUCCGCCCCCGACGAGCCGUCCAAGACCCCUCUGCCCCAGUACCUGCUCGACCGUUCGCAGGCGACCAACGCCAAGGCUCUGUCCAGUGCUAUCAAGGAUAAGCGUGCUGAGAAGGCGGCCAAGUUCGCGGUGCCCCUGCCCAAGGUGAAGGGUAUCAGUGAGGAGGAGAUGUUCAAGGUCGUCAACACGGGCAAGAAGACGCACAAGAAGUCGUGGAAGCGGAUGAUCACCAAGCCCACAUUUGUCGGUAGCGACUUCACCCGGCGACCGGUCAAGUACGAGCGUUUCAUCCGGCCGAUGGGUCUGCGUUACAAGAAGGCCAAUGUCACGCACCCGGAGCUCGGCGUCACCGUGCAACUGCCCAUCCUGGGCGUCAAGAAGAACCCGCAGAACCCUCUCUACACCCAACUGGGAGUCCUGACCAAGGGAACCAUCAUCGAAGUCAACGUCUCCGAAUUGGGUCUCGUCACGACAAGCGGAAAGGUCGUAUGGGGUAAAUAUGCGCAGAUCACCAAUACUCCUGAGAACGAUGGCACGGUCAAUGCGUAUGUGACCUUUCACCAAUGUAUCUCCCAAGACAGAGUCAUGCUAAUCUUCGUGCGCAGAGUCCUCCUGGUCUAA